GCAGCGUCUACACGCCUGUUGGCGUGACAACACGGUUGCCAACUUCCAAUUAGCACCUUUUAGCUAACUAAUGCUAAGCAAAAUGGCAUCAGGCCGUGGGAAAUUAAAGGCCUCCGUGAUGCUAACGCUAGCGUCGAGGUACAAACACGUAAAAGAGCAAGUCCGAACCAUCAAAGAGAUGAUAGACUUGUUAGCGACCACUCCGACGUCAAUUGAUAAACACGAGAGGGCAGGACGGACGAUUGUUUUGACUGCUUGGGGAGCUUAACAGAGUCUCUCGUCGCUGAUGUCGAUAGAAAAUCGGGCCAAGGCAGUCGUCGUCAUUUAAUCGGCAAUGGAAGGGGAAGAAUUUGUCGCUCCUCCGGAGUGUCCGGUUUUCGAGCCGUCAUUGGAGGAGUUCCAGGACCCUCUGGGCUACAUCGCUAAAAUCCGUCCAAUCGCAGAGAAGUCUGGCAUCUGCAAAAUUCGACCUCCGCAAGACUGGCAGCCACCAUUUUCAGUGGAGCUGGAUACCUUCCGAUUCACUCCACGCAUCCAACGGCUCAACGAACUGGAGGCGGAGACGAGAGUAAAGCUGAAUUACUUGGACCGCAUUGCCAGAUUUUGGGAGAUUCAGGCGUCCUCCUUGAAAAUUCCGCACAUCGAAAGACGCAUCUUGGAUCUCUUUGGUCUUUCCAAGGUGGUGUCGGACGAAGGCGGUUUUGAGAUGGUCUGCAAAGAACGGCGUUGGGCCCGCGUGGCCCAGAGGCUUGGCUACCCUCCGGGCAAGAACAUUGGUUCUCUUCUGCGCUCGCACUACGAGAGGAUCGUCCACCCCUUUGAAAUGUUCCAGUCCGGCGCCAGCUUGCCGCACUGCAAGCCAAAACACUAUGACGGUGAAGAUGUGGAUAAGGAGUACAAGCCUCACUCCAUCCCCCUGCGUCAGUCCGUGCAGCCGUCCAAAAUGAGCAGUUACGGACGCCGGGCAAACCGAUGCCAGCCAGAUGGUCCAGAGGAUCCCAACCCCCACCCCCUCACCGCUGGCUCUCAACUCAUCUCAGCGCCUGAACCUACUGAGGAAGAUAUUGAAAAGAACCCCGAGCUGAAGAAGCUGCAGAUCUACGGCGCAGGGCCCAAGAUGAUGGGACUCGGACUCGUGGCGCGGAACCGAGGCCUCAGGAAGAAAGAUGAACUGCCUCAAACGGUGACCGUCAAGGACUGUGCGGCUUCCGCUCCUGGCGUCACGUCCGUCAAAGAGGAGCCUUUAGUCUCGCCGGAGAAACAGAGCGACGACUGCUCGGCACCAACGCCCCAUGUCCAUCCCGCCGACGUCGCCAUUCCCACUAAGGUCCAGGCCGAAGUGAAGAAAGAAGAAUCGGAGGAGGUAGAGAUCCUUCGCAAAGAAAGCCGUCAAUACUUGACCGAUGGCCCGUGUACCAAAAUGACUAUGAGGCUACGACGCAACCUCAACAACAUGCAGUCUGUGGAAUCCUUCGUUUGUCGGAUGUGCGGUCGAGGAGACGACGACGACAAGCUCCUUCUCUGCGACGGUUGCGACGACAACUACCACACUUUCUGCCUGCUGCCCCCACUCACUGAUCCUCCCAAGGGCAAUUGGCGUUGCCCCAAGUGCGUCGCCGAAGAGUGCAAGAAACCUUCGGAAGCAUUUGGCUUCGAGCAAGCGACGCGCGAGUACAGCCUGCAGAGCUUCGGGGAGAUGGCCGACGCCUUCAAAGCCGAUUACUUCAACAUGCCAGUCCACAUGGUUCCAACCGAGCUGGUGGAGAGGGAGUUCUGGAGGUUGGUCAGCAGCAUCGAGGAGGACGUAACGGUGGAGUACGGCGCGGAUAUUCACUCUAAAGAGUUUGGCAGCGGAUUCCCCAUGAACAACGGAAAGAGGGUUCUCACAAAAGAGGAGGAGGAGUACGCUCGCAGCGGCUGGAACUUGAAUGUGAUGCCGGUGCUGGAGCAGUCUCUCCUCUGCCACAUCAACGGCGACAUCUCCGGCAUGAAGGUGCCUUGGCUUUACGUGGGCAUGGUCUUCUCCGCUUUCUGCUGGCACAUCGAGGACCACUGGAGCUACUCCAUCAACUACCUGCACUGGGGCGAACCCAAAACCUGGUACGGCGUCCCUUCGGUCGCCGCCGAGCGACUGGAGGAGGUGAUGAAGAAACUGACUCCGGAGUUAUUCGAGUUCCAGCCCGACCUCUUGCACCAGCUUGUCACCAUCAUGAACCCCAACAUCCUCAUGGCUCACGGCGUACCGGUCGUGCGGACCAACCAGUGUGCCGGCGAGUUUGUCAUCACCUUUCCCAGAGCCUACCACAGCGGCUUCAACCAGGGUUACAAUUUUGCUGAAGCCGUCAACUUCUGCACGGCAGACUGGCUGCCCGCCGGUCGUUCCUGCAUCGAGCACUACCGACGCUUGCGGAGGUAUUGCGUCUUCUCUCAUGAAGAACUAACCUGUAAAAUGGCGGCCAGCCCAGAGAAACUGGACCUCAAUCUGGCCGCAGCCACACACAGGGAGAUGUUUAUCAUCGUUCAGGAGGAGAGAAAGUUACGAAAGGCCCUCAUGGAAAGGGGCAUCACCGAGGCUGAGCGCGAGGCAUUCGAGCUCCUGCCCGACGAUGAGCGGCAGUGCGACAAAUGCAAGACCACUUGUUUCCUCUCGGCGCUGGCUUGCUCCAACUGCCCAGAGCGUCUGGUGUGUCUCUAUCACACUCAGGAUCUCUGCAACUGCCCCACUGACAAACUCUACCUCAGGUACCGAUACACUCUAGACGAGUUGUUGGCCAUGUUACACCGCUUAAAGGUUCGCUCCGAGGCCUUCGACUCGUGGGCCAACCGGGUGAAAGAGGCCCUUGAGCAGGAGGAGGGAAACAAGAUAGGACCGGAAGAUUUGGAGAGCCUCAAGACAGAAGCGGCGGAAAGAAAGUUUCCCGACAACGAGCUACUGCGGAAACUCAACGUCGUUCUCAAAGACAUGGAGCGUUGCCGAGAGAAGAGUGCUCAACUCCUUUCCCACUCCGACGGCAGUGACCCCAAAAUGACCGUGUCCGAGCUGAAAUCCUUACUAGACACCAUGCAAAACCUGCCCUGCGUGAUUAACCGCCUGGACGAAGUGCAGGCGGUUCUGCGGACGGUGAGCGCGUACCAGUGCCGAGCUCAGGAACUCCUCAACGAACGUGACUGGCGGAGGAACUCUGCACCCGCUGAGCUCUUGCAGACAUUGCUGGAGCAAGGGAGCCGACUGCCUGUGGUCGUUCCCGAGUGCGCUCUGCUCCAGGGCCUCCGGGAGCUGGGGCGCUGGCUGGCGGAGGUCCGGCGCACCUUGGGCGCGGAGGGCGGCGAGAGGCCUGAGGUCACCCUGGACGUCCUUCGCGAGCUGAUCCAGGCGGGACGCCACGUGCCCCAGAGCGCCUCUGUGGACACAGCCAUGGCCGAGCUGCAGGAGCUGCUCACCAUUGCUGAGCGAUGGGAGGAGAAAGCGCAGAUCUGUCUGGAACAACGACAAAAGCACCCCCUCUCCACACUGGAGGCCAUCGUGAAUGAGGCGCAGCUCAUUCCCGUCAAGUUGCCCAACAUUCAAGCUUUGCAGGGCUGCCUGAGCAGAGCGCACGCCUGGGUAACGGACCUGGAGGAAAUCCAGAACGGGGAGCAUUACCCGUGUCUUGAUGACCUAGAGGGCCUGGUGGCCGUGGGAAGAGACCUGCCCGUUUUCAUGGAGGAGCUUCGGCAGCUGGAGCUCCAGGUGGCCAGUGCUCACUCCUGGAGGGACAAGGCAAGCAAGACCUUUUUGAAGAAGAGCAGUCAGCACAGCUUACUAGAGGUAUUGUGUCCGUGCGCGAAAAGAAGACACGACGAGACGUCAGAGGAACUCGACGACGUCGACAGCAACACUCUGGGCCUCUCGGCCCAAGACCUGAGAGACCCCGCGGCUAUUGUGAUGGCGUUCAAAGAAGGCGAGCGCAGGGAGAAGGAGGCGCUACUCAGGCUGCGCAAGGUCAACAUGGGGAAGGCGGGACUUCCCGACGACGAGCGCCGCAUGGAAACGGACGUCAAGGAGAACGGGAGCCACCCCGCCGCGUCGGUGUGCGUGUGCGGCGGGAGCCCGCGCGCCCCCCAAUUGCGCUGCCACCUUUGCAAAGACUGGUUCCACGGUGAUUGCGUUGCUUUCCCCUCGCGCGGGGCGCCAAGGAACCCGCGCUGCUGGUGGGACUGGGACUGCCGCUUCUUCUGCCCACGCUGCCAGCGCUCGCGGCGACCCCGCCUGGAGACCAUCCUGGCAUUGCUGGUGGCCCUGCAACGGCUGCCCGUACGCUUGCCCGAGGGCGAAGCGCUGCAGUGCCUGACCGAACGAGCCAUCAACUGGCAGGGUCGUGCGAAGGAGGCACUGGAGACGCCCGAGCUGAGGCGGGCUCUCCGCACUCUGAGAGAACUCAAAGAGAGUCUCCGUCCAGGCGAUGGUGAGGACGGCACCAACAAAGAGGCCGACUCUGUUAUCGUUUUGUCCGACUCAGAGGGAGGCGACGGGGACGACGCAGUCAUUGAUCUGACGGAAGAUUCGCCCAGAAAGAAAGAAACCCGGGACGUUCAGGCGGCUGGCGAGAACGGCUUGGGCGGCAACGGCGCUACCGGCGCGGGCGCCUUGCUACCGCUGCUGCCCGAGCUCCGGGGUCAGGUGGUGCAACUUUCGGCCGAGGCCCGGGAGCGACUGGAGGAGCUGCAGCUGGAAGGAGACCUGCUAGAGGUUUCGCUUGACCAGACCGGCGCCAUCGCCAAGGUCUUGCGCGCCGUCUCCGAUCCCCCUAUGGCCACGCUGCGCACACUCAUUCAGAUGGAAGUAGAAGAGCACCAGCGGAACGGUCGAGGUCGGAUCAAGGAGUCCAAGAGGAAGCGAAAGGGCCACCGAGGAGGAAGUGCGGACAGGGCGGCGGCGCCGGACGCAUCAGACUCCAAAAAGAGUUGCCCGUCGCCUCACCUACCCGGCCAGCUUCACGCAGACAUUCUCUGAGAGUCAACGGUGGAUCUGCCAAAGAAACGAAGUGAGCAGACUCCAUUUUGUGACAAAACAAAAGAUGCGGGACAUUCCCUUAGCCUACCCUACCUUUCCCCUCUGCCCCACCCCCUGGGGGACUUCCCCCAACCACCUCCUUCGUGGGAUAACGUGGGGACUCCCUGUGAUAGCAGUGUGCGUGCUCUAUCUAGAAUUGUUUCCCAGGUAAGUCGCUAUGUCUCGUUAUUCCCCACCCUCCACAAAAUAACGUAUUAAACGGAGCCCCUCCCCCGGUCCUGGGAUAAGCUAUUCACUCGGGUCACUGGUUUCCACGAGGCCACGAUACGACGCAGACUGGCGUCCAAACUUUUUAUUUUUCUAGCCGGUGUCGGGUGUUGUUUCGGAGGUGGGCGACGAUCCAAACAGGCAUUCAUCUUUUUUGGUGCUACUUUCCCCAAAAAUGGACACUGUCUGAACCCCACCUCAAAGUGGUCCUCAUCUGGAAAAGAAUCUGACUUUACUGUAACACUUCUGUUCCCUUUUCCAAACAUUAUUCUUGUUAUUAUUAUUAUUAUUGUUAUUGAAGAGACACACUGUUAUCUUUUGUGUAUAAACUUUUUAUUUGGAUGUUGCCUUUGUUUCUUUUCACUCUUGUUAGAAAAAUAAAGGUUUAGAGUUGUCUAGGAAAGGCAGAGUUGUUUUUUUUCCAGCAUCCAACAAUUGUUUCAAUUAAAAAAUUCUGGAAAGCACAACAUCGAGAAAACAACUACGUUUUUUAUAUUGCUGGACGUCUUGCGCCGUCAAUGGUACUAAAGAGCUUCCUCCUGGUUCAAAUCAAUAGCGUACCGCACGAAUGCUAUUUUUAGACCAGGACGUUGGCGGAAGUGGGUCAUUAUAGACACGCCCUCGCAUGCAAUCCAUGUUAUUUCUGCUUGUUUUCUCCAGUAAUCUUUAAAAAAAAAAAACAUGCCGGGUCACCACUGGUGCUA